AUGGCGAAUCUCGCGGCGCAGCUGAAACGUGGAAUCUCGAGACAGUUCUCAACCGGAUCGUUUCGCCGGACGCUUAGCCGUCAGUUUACGCGUCAGGCUUCACACGAUCCUCGCCGGAACAAUAUGCGAUUCAGCUUCGGCCGGCAAUCUUCUCUAGAUCCAAUUCGACGAGGUCCUGAAGGUUCUGGCGGUCCGCAGCUCGCCGUCCCCGACAACCUAGACGCCACUAUGCAGCUCCUUUUCGUUGCCUGUAGAGGAGACGUCGAAGGUGUUCAGGAUCUGCUUGACGAAGGAAUCGACGUCAACAGCAUCGAUCUCGAUGGUCGUACCGCUCUCCACAUCGCCGCCUGUGAAGGCCACGUCGACGUUGUGAAGCUUCUCCUUACUAGAAAGGCCAACAUUGAUGCUCGUGAUCGUUGGGGAAGCACGGCAGCUGCUGAUGCUAAGUACUAUGGUAACAUAGAUGUUUACAACAUUUUGAAAGCCCGUGGAGCUAAAGUUCCGAAAACAAAGAGGACACCGAUGGUUGUAGCGAAUCCUCGUGAAGUUCCUGAAUACGAGUUAAAUCCUCAAGAGCUUCAGGUCCGGAAGGUUGAUGGUAUCUCCAAGGGAAUAUAUCAAGUGGCUAAAUGGAAUGGGACUAAGGUAUCUGUAAAGAUACUUGAUAAGGAUCUCUACAAGGAUCAUGAAACAAUAAAUGCCUUCAAACACGAACUUACUUUAUUCGAGAAGGUUCGUCAUCCUAAUGUUGUGCAAUUUGUUGGAGCUGUUACUCAAAAGGUCCCCAUGAUGAUUGUGUCUGAGUAUCAUCCUAAAGGUGACCUCGGGAGCUAUCUUCAAAAGAAAGGACGCCCUUCUCCAGCCAAAGUUCUAAGAUUUGCCCUCGAUAUAGCCAGGGGAAUGAAUUAUCUUCACGAGUGUAAACCAGAACCAGUAAUCCACUGUGAUCUAAAACCCAAAAAUAUUAUGCUCGAUAGUGGAGGACAUUUGAAGGUGGCAGGAUUUGGAUUGAUAAGCUUUGCUAAGUUAUCAUCUGAUAAAUCAAAAAUCCUUAAUCAUGGGGCACAUAUAGACCCUUCAAAUUACUGUAUGGCACCUGAGGUUUACAAAGAUGAAAUAUUUGACAGGAGUGCGGAUUCAUACUCUUUUGGUGUCGUAUUGUAUGAAAUGAUUGAAGGAGUACAACCUUUCCAUCCUAAUCCCCCAGAAGAGGCAGUGAAGCUAAUGUGUUUGGAAGGAAGAAGACCUUCGUUUAAGUCCAAGUCCAAAAGUUGUCCCCAAGAGAUGAGAGAAUUGAUUGAGGAAUGCUGGGAUGCGGAAACUUUUGUUAGGCCGACAUUCUCUGAGAUCAUAGUUCGAUUAGACAGGAUCUUUGUACACUGCGCAAAACAGGGGUGGUGGAAGGAUACAUUCAAAUUUCCUUGGAAAUAG